GAAGAAACGGGGCCUGGCGAUGGAGACAACGACGUUCGGCCCGUUCUUCAAGAUCACCGCGCGGCGGCUGUCCACGCGCGCGGGCGAGGAGGGCCGGCCGGGGACGGAGGAUGCCGACGUCAUCGGCGAGCACGACGGUUUCAUCGCGCCGCCCCCGUUCGGGAUCCUGCACAUGGACUCCAUGCGUAUAUACAACUCCAGGGUGAGGGGCGACGACGAGAAGUCCACGAUGCGGAGCACGUUCGGGCUGUCCAUCCUCCUCGGCGCGACGUCCGGCCUCAUGGCGCACGAGGCCGGGUGCCGCAAGGUGGAGCUGCUGAGCAUCGACGACGGCAACGAGUACGCGCCGAAGCUGGUCAAGUACUACGGGCGGCUCGGGUUCAAGGCGGUCAAGGAGGUGGGAGACAACGGGUUCUUCGAGGACCUGCCCCACCUCCUCGUGUGGGGCGGCGUCGGCACCAGGAUGGACGGGGACCUCCAGCAGCUGCUGAGCAAGUGGGGCGGCAUCGUCCGCAAGCAGGCGGCGGCGCGGUAGGUGAGGUACUCUCGCUCGGGCGCGGCGCGUGGCUAAUACAUCGCAUCUUAUUAC